UUCCUAUAUGUACCUCUCCUCACAGCCGCCCCUUCAUCUUUCUCUCUAUUUCUCUCCGAUCAUCUCCUCUCAAGCUCCAUGUCUCCCCUAUCUUCUUCUCUCACUUCCAUGGGAGACCACGACUACACUCAUGGCGGCAUGCGGUGGCUCACAACGAUGAUGUGCAGUGGUUUCCAUGGAAGCCGAAGAAGAUUGACAGAUGGAGCUAGCUCAGUGGUUAGUGCUCUGCCCACUGUUCUUGAGAAUCCAAGCCCACCCAAAUCAUCCUUCAAUGAGGUCUUAAUAAAAAAAAGAUUGCGUCUUUUGGAAAGCCUUUGAGAAAGGCUAGGUAUCUUGGCCAGCUAAGCUGCGUAGAGAGUUUCCAGUCUUUCUCUACUUCUUGUCUAACCCAGAUCUAAGUUUGUCUAACCCAGGUAUAUGUGUUGAUUUUCUAUACUAAAAUAAAUGAAAAAGACUUAUUCUUUCUAGUUUAAAUAUAUGUUCUUGGCUUAUACACGUUUUAAUAUGAGAGCUAAAGGUAGUGGCUAUUCUAUUUGGUUUGUUGAUUUUAUAAAUAUUAGACAAGAAAUAUAUAUAUCUGAAUGCCAUAUUAAGAGCUAGGUAUGAUCAAGGUUUUAUCUUUUUCUUAUGCUUUAACUAACCACUCAUUGAUAUUAUUUGCUUCUUCUUUUUUUUGUGAAAAAGGUAGAUUUGAAUGUAAGGUGCCAACAAUACUAAUAGUUGUAGCUGCCAUUGGAUGAGUUUCCAUAAUUUUUUUAUUUGUGUAUUGCAUUUACAUGAGGAGAAUAAAGGAUUGACUCUUGCUUUAUGUUUUAGAUAUGGUCUCAUAUGUUUAUUCCAUUUUUCCUACAAGGACAAAGCCUUUUGUUUGUACGAAUAUGAGCAAAAACUUGCAAAAAAGGAGGGAGCAGUUAUAGAUAGAAGCCAAGACAUUGCUCUUUUGCAAGAUUUCUACAAACUCUAUCGAGAGCAGAAUGACGUGGAAAAGUUACGAGAAGAAGAGUUGAAUUUAAGGGAGACUGGGGCUUUCAGUGGAGACUUGGGCGAUAAGAAAAAGAUAGAAGAGAGAAAGUGUUGGCUCCGUAGAUUUGAGCCUGGUACUCACCUGGACCAAAAAAAUUCUAAGCAAGCUUUUCCCUUUUGGUUUGCUUUUGUUUCUUUGCCAAAAGGAGAGGACACUGAUGUCAAAAGAGAUGAUCUUGCAAGGGCUCUAAUGGUAGCUUUCUCAUCAACACCUCUUCUUGAGCCAUAUGUCAUUCCCUUGCUUCUUGAAAAACUCUCUUCUUCUCUGCCAUCAUCAAAGCUUGGUGGAGGUUAUCUAUUUGGGUUGCCUUUGGGGUUCGUUGCUGAUUGGUGCAACAAUUGGUGCUACAGCUGCAUUUAUUCUUGGUAGAAUAAUUAAGCAUGCCCAGCAUCUUACACCUGGGACUGCAGACCGGUUUGGUGAACUAGGGAUUAUUGCUUCAGUACAGAAUUUGGAAAUAUCUUGUCUUGAAAAGAAUUUGGAUAUGAGACUCGGUGUAGUCACCAAAGAAACUAAACCUGGUCUAACUGGUUGUUGAGAUCAUCUGCACUUUGGUCAGGAAAUUAUCUCCUAAUCCUAAUAGUGCUGCCAUAAUGGCCAUGGGUGUUAACAUCUUGGCAAAGAGAUUGAAAUGAUUGGGGUUCUUGAUUGAGUUUCUAUCCCAUGCUGCCAUUGUUGGGUUCAUGGGAGGAGCUGCCAUUACAAUUGCCCUUCAGCAGCUCAAAGGAUUGCUUGGCAUAAAACCGAAUUUCACAAAGAAGACAUAUAUUGUCUCUGUUUUGCACUCAGUGUUUAAUUCAACCCACCAUGUUGUAAUAUGAUUUCUUAAGCCUAGACUAGUAGACUAAAUAUUGUAAUUACAUUUGAGUAAUUAAUAAAAAUCUAUUUAUGUUACCUUA